UGGCCUGGACUGGGGAAGCCAUAGGAGGUGGAAGGAAGGUGAACACAGCUGAUGUUUUACUGAGCUGAGUGCUCAGUGUCUGCCAGGCCCUGUGUUCUAAGCACAUUAGACAUAUCGUCUCGCGUACCCCUCCAGUCGACUCUCGGGGCCCCAUUGUACAGAUAAAGAAAAGGCUUGGGGAUUAGAGGAUCAGGUAAGGCAAUAUAAGAGUAGCAAAAACAAAUUGAAGAGCUUGCUCAGGCUUGACAAGGUGGGGGUUGCCAUCCAUGAGACCCUAGCCCUGGACCAGGAUGGGCCAGAGGCUGGAGAACACGAGUUUCAUUUGGACAUGUUGUCUGGGGGCCUUUGUGACAUCCAAUCAGAGAGGUCCCCUGCAGAGUUAGAUAUUCAUUCAGGCCUGAGGCUCUGGGAGAAGCCGGGUUGACUGUAAGAGGUUUGGGGAUCCAUGGCUAGAAGCCAUGGACGCAGGUGAACUUGGCCAGGGAGCACGUGGAGAGUGAAGAGAGGUGCAAACACAGGGAGCCCCGGUGUGUGGGGCCGGGAAGGAAGAGCAGUGGCAAAGGAGCAGCUAAGGGGGCCGUCAGAGGUAGGGGAGUCCUGCGGGGCACGAGGAGGCUUCUCAGAGCACAGGGGAGGGGAGACAAGGAAGCAGAUGUUCACGUCAUCCCUCAUUGCAGAGACAGGUUGAGAAGUAUGCACUAGAAACAAAGAACAGGGUCACCGUCAGGCCUGCUGGAGUGGUUUUCAUGGGGCAGUGGGGGCCGGAACCAGAAGGGGACUGAGUGACAGGCGAGGGAGUGGGACCAGACUGGGGCCUGCCUUUCCGCAGCAUGGCCAUGGAGGUGAGGGCCGAGCGGGGGGGAGGCGGCUGAGGGCUUACUUACUGUUGAGAAAUGAAGGUUUGCCUUUAGCAUGUCCUAAAAUUUUCCAUUUACAGCCUUGAUUUUAAUUAAUUGGUAGAGCUUCGGUAACUCCAUCCUACUGGGAACUUACAAAGUACAGUAAAACUUCAGCUAGCCAGAAUUCUUGGCAAAUGGGCCACUCAGGAAAACGAACAUUUAUUGGCGUGAAAAGAUUUGAAAUAUAGGAUUUCUUUUUAAAAACAUUUUUAGUAUGGAUAUAAUCACAUAAACAUAUGCAGUAGGGAGAAGACUGUAAUGAACCCCCACAUCCUCACCAUCCCACGUGAAUAGUAGCUCCAGACCAGUCCUGUGCCCUCCACACCCCACUGCCCCCAAACUCUGGGACACUUGGAAGCAAACCCUAGACAUUUUAUCACUUCGUUUGUACAGCUUUGGUACGUUUCUCUAAGAGACAAAACCCUUUUUUAUAAACCGUGACCACAAUACCAUUAUCACACCUAAAAUCUUUAACAAUAAUUCCUUAAUUUAAUCAAGCAUUCAUUGUUCGGAUUCCCCAACAGUCUCAUUCCCCCCCCCCCCCACCCCGGUUGGUGGGUUAAAAUUAGGCUCCAAACAAGUCCACACAUGGCAUUUAUUUGCUCUGUCUGUUAAGACUCCCUUUCUUCUCUUCGUGUCAUUUGCGUGUUGAGGAAACCGGGCUGCCCGGAGGCAUGUGUGUUUGGGAAUGUGGGACAGAGCUGGGCACCACAGCGGAGCGAGCAGGACGGGGAAGUCCGGGGUUGGCAGGAUGAUGACCAGAUAGUCGGGGCACCUAGCUGCGGGAAGGAGGCAGGAUGUGGAGGCCCGUCCUGAGCAAGGGGAGAGGCCAGGGCUGCUGAGGGCUGGGGCCUGUCCUCAUGAUCCCUGAGGCCUUACGGCUGCCGGAGCUGAAGAGAGGUGGAAAGAUGGCCAGGGCCCAGGAAUGGGGCAGAGCCAGGUGGGCGACAGGUCAGGGGUCAGGCUGGAGAUGAGGAAGGGGCUGGGCCUGAGGUCAGGCCUAGAAGGAACAGGAUGUCUGUUGGGGCUGAAGGGAGAGAGGGGAGUGCCAACAGAAACCAGCUCCUCCCCACCUGGCCCCGUCCCCAGGGCCCCUCCCCUGGCCUCCCAGCUGCGGCUCCACUCAGGGGCCCAGACACCAGUUCCCUUCACAAUGCUGGUGAUCAGGGGCCCUGAUCCCUUGUUCUGCCUUCUCCUCCUCCUGCUCGUGGGCCCCCACAACCCCGUGGGGGCCAGUCCUCCUCAGAGAAGGUUUGAGUAUAAGCUCAGCUUCAAAGGACCAAGACUGGCGUUGCCUGGGGCUGGAAUACCCUUCUGGAGCCAUCAUGGAGAUGCCAUACUGGGCCUGGAGGCAGUGCGGCUGGCCCCAUCCAUGCGGAACCGCAGCGGCGCCGUGUGGAGCAGGGCCCCUGUCCCCUUCUCUGCCUGGGAGGUGCAUGUGCAGAUGAGGGUGACCGGGCCAGGGCGGCGGGGAGCCCAGGGCAUGGCCGUGUGGUACACCAGGGGCAGGGGCCAAGUAGGCUCUGUCCUGGAGGGGCUGGCCUCGUGGGACGGCAUCGGGAUCCUCUUCGACUCCUCCACCGAGGAUACCCAGAACAGCCCCAUCAUCCGUGUACUGGCCAGUGAUGCGCACACUCGCUACGAGCCGCGUGGGGAUGCAGCCAGUGGGGUGCUGGGCUCCUGCCGCCGGGACUUCCGCAACCUGCCCAACCCCCUCAGAGUUCGGAUCACCUACUGGGGGCAGAGGCUGCGGGUGUCCUUGAACAGUGGCCUCACUCCCAACGACUUAGAUGAGGUCUGUGUUGACGUGGGUCCACUGCUUUUGGCUCCUGGAGGUUUCUUUGGGGUCUCGGCAGCCACUGGCACCCUGGCAGAUGACCAUGACAUCCUGUCCUUCCUGACCUUCAGUCUGAGUGAGCCGGAUCCAAAGCCUCCCCCACCGCCCUUUCUGGAGAUGGAGCAGCUCCGGCUGGUGAAGCAGCUGGAAGGGCUUCGGGCAAGGCUGGCCCUGGGUGCCAGGGAGGAUGUGAUCCCAAAGCUGAGCUCCGAAGUCCAGGAAGAGGGAAAAAGGAUCCUUGGCCUGGAAGAGACGCUGGGCAGACACCGCCAGAUCCUGCAGGCUCUCCAGGGUCUCUCCAGACAGUUGGCCCAGGCCGAGAGGCAGUGGAAGAAGCACCUGGGGACCCCAGGCCAUGCCAGGCCUGAAGGAGCCUGGGAUUCUGCCAAGGUCAGCGCCCUGCUCCGUGGACAGAGGUCUCUGCUCCAGGACCUGCAAGAGAUGAGGGAUGCAGCUGCCCACGUGGUCUCAAAAGCCCAGCUCUUCUAUCUGCCUGUGGGCACCAAGCAUCAUUUCUCAGAGCUGGCCCAGAUCCUGGGCCUCCUGCAGAAGGAUCUUCGGGGCCCACUGAAAGCGGCAGCCAAGAACCGCCGCCCACCUGGCCAACCCCCAGGAGCCUCCUCGUGCCUGCGGCCCAGCAUCUUCUUGUUCUUCCUCCUCAUUCAGACUAUAGGCUUCUUCUCUUAUGUGCACUUCAGUAGGCAGGAGCUGGACAAGAGCCUUCAGGACUGUUUGUCCACAGGCAGCCCUCCUCUGUGUCCUGCACCACGCAUUCCUGGGGCCCUGGGGAUUCUGAGGAGGCAGCCUCUCUCCUCCAGCAUACACGCAUGACUCACCUCAAAGCCCUGAAGGAAUCUCCCCAGGAAGUGGAUGGUGUCCAGGGGGUGAGGGUUUGGCCCGUACUUCUCCUUCUGGGUGCCCAGCUCCUGCCCACACCUUAGCUUUUGGGUAGCUCCAAUCUUAUUAAAGGUGAUUUCCAUCUCCCCA